AUGUACUACAACGUGUUGAAUGUAAAGCCUAGUACAGCAACAGACGAUAUCCGUAAGGAAUAUCUUAAGCUAGUGCUUCAGCAUCAUCCAGACAAGCAAUCUGCCAAUUCAAACAAUGAUGCAUCGAAUUCUGAAUUCCAAAAGAUUGUUUUGGCAUGGGAAACAUUGAGUGAUCCUGUCAAAAGAGCUCAAUAUGAUGCAAAUCUGCAAGAGCAAUCUAGGCAAAGAGCUGCCAUUCAUGAACAAGUCCGUGCUGACGACAUGACGUUUGAUGCGGAAUCAGGGAUUUACUCGUAUGCGUGUCGAUGUGGCGGGUCGUAUCAAGUCUAUGAAGAGGAUUUGGCGGAUGGGCCCGUUGAAGCGCCCUGUAGCAAUUGUUCGCUGCACAUUGAAGUCUUCCUCCAGUAA